UCCUCGCUCGCCUUCGACACCAGAGUAGACACGAGGCAGGCGCGCGCCAUUGCUAGCUAGCUCGAAGCAACAAGAGAUCAUCAGGUUUGGCUUGAGCUAUGGAUGCGGGGAGGAGGAAGAGGGCGUCGGAGGUGAAGGCGGAGGGGCUGAUGCGUGGCGCGUGCGCGGCGCUGGCGGCGGCGGCGGCGCUGCUGGUGGGGCUGGACACGGAGACGGAGACGGUGCUGCUCAUCAGGAAGAAGGCCACCGUCAGGGACGUGCACGCGCUCUGGGUGCUGGCGAUUGCGGCCGGCGCGGCGGCGGGGUACCACCUGCUGCACCUCCUCCGGUGCCUCUACGUCGGCCACUGCUCCGCCGCCGACAACCGCUGCCGGAACAGCAGGGCCUUGGCCUGGGCUUGGCUCCUCCUCGACAAGGGUUGCGCGUACCUGACAUUCGCGGUGACGGUGGCGGCGGCGCAGGCGUGCAUGAUCGCGCUGGACGGCGCGCACGCGCUGCAGUGGAACAAGGUCUGCAACAUCUUCACCCGCUUCUGCCAGCAGGUCGCCGGGAGCCUCGUCUGCGGCAUGCUCGCCGCCGCCGGCACCACCUUCCUCUCCGGCAUCUCCGCCCGCAACCUCUUCCGCCUCUACCCAUCCCUCUCCCACUCGCAGCGCUCCUCCACGAAGUAGGCCGCAGCGAGACCAUACCAGGAUGGCUACCGAUCAUCACUAGCUAGUGCUGUUGGGCGGCAUAGACGUGCCCGACUUCCAGCCCAAGUGAAGUUCUGUUUGGGCAUGCCUUGCAGUUCAUCUUAUCUUAGUGUGAGAAGACAUGGUUCUGAACAAAGUGUGAGAAGACAUGACUAUGUACUACUGCUGCAGUGUAUUUACUAUUUACCACAGCAAAAUAGUAUGUAACAGUGUGGUUUGUGUAUUACUCA